ACAUUUUUGAUUAAAAUUCGAUGCGCAGCCAACUUCACGUUUCAUUGGAUUUGGGUGUGUAUCUUUUUGUGCUAGCUAAAAUCGAGCUUGUACGGAUUUUUCUACGAUAUUCCAUAUAAAUUAAUACAAAGCUGUGCCCUAUUCAGAUUCAUCCAAUAACAACACCACCUUGAGAAUAUAAAAAGACAAUAUUUAUAAGAAAAAGAAAAAAACACACAAUCACCUCUACCUAAUCUUGUAUUUACAUAUUGUAUCUGAGUACAGAGAACAUUUUCAACCAUAGGGUUAUCCGAGACAGCCGUAAUGGACGUAAUGUCAUCAUCCCUACAACAGCAGCGCAUCGUCGUUGAGCAGCUGCGUCGCGAGGCGGCCAUCGAUCGCCAGACGGUGUCGGAAUCGUCCGCCAAAAUGAUGAAAUAUAUAACGGAGCACGAGCAGGAGGAUUACCUAUGGACUGGCUUCACCAGUCAAAAGGUAAAUCCCUUCCGCGAGAAAUCUUCGUGCACUGCUCUCUAAGCAGUUUAUGAUUUUCGUUACUAAGUUUCGUUCUUAAAUAGCACACAAUUGAAAAUAUAACAAAAUAAUAAAUAAAUAAUAAAAAACAAUUUGAACAAUAACAACAAGAGAACAAGACACCACCAGCAGCAGAAUACAAAAAUAAAUACAAAAGUUAAAAGCAAUAUUAUUAAUUGAUUGUAAAAAGCCUUAAGUUUACCAAAGAGUAGAGGGCUAAUUAAAAUAUAUUAAAAAAAAUAUAUAUAUGGUAAAUGAUAAACGACGAGAAAAGAAAAGAAUCCGUACACAAAUGUUUAAAUUUGGAACUCAAACCAACAUUUUGGCAUUUAUCGAAAAAUAUCACCAACUUUGUUUGCAAUUAGUAUAGCAUUCAGUGUAAACGAAUAACCCAACUUGAAGGACAAUUAAUGUGCGGACUAUAGCAACAACUACCUAUGAACUACAUAUAUCUACUAUAUAUAUAAAUAUAUAUCUAUAUAUAUCAAUUUAAAAUAUAUUUAUUAAAGUACACAGUAAACACGAAUAAA